GCGGGAGCAGGAAGCUGCGGGGCUGCGGGCAUGGCGAGCAGCGGCCCGGCGUGUAAAAGCCACUGCCAUGGGUCUCAUCGACCUCAUAUGCACAGCAGCCGCAGCAUCCAUGGAGAAAAAGAUCUCCCAGGCCCAUAUCCCAUUGCUGAAGACCCCAGCACCUGUGAUAUUGUCAAGGCUACACAAUAUGGACUCCUAGAGCGAUGCAAAGAACUGGUAGAAGCAGGAUAUGAUGUUCGACAGCCAGACAAAGAAAAUGUGACUCUUCUUCACUGGGCAGCAAUAAACAACAGACAGGAGCUGGUGAAAUAUUACAUUUCCAAAGGUGCGAUAGUGGAUCAGCUCGGUGGAGAUUUGAAUUCUACGCCCCUGCACUGGGCCAUUAGACAAGGACACCUUCCCAUGGUCAUGUUAUUGUUGAAAUGUGGAGCGGAUCCCAAUCUUAUUGAUGGGGAAGGAUUCAGUAGCAUUCAUUUAGCAGUGCUGUUCCAACACAUGCCCAUCAUAACCUACCUAAUAGCAAAAGGCCAGAACAUAGACACAAUAGACUUCAAUGGACAAACACCUUUAAUGUUAACAGCACAAAAAGUCAUUGGACCAGAGCCCAUGAGGUAUCUCUUAAAGUUUAACCCCUCUCUCAAUGCUGUAGACAAUGUUCAAAAGAAUACUGCACUGCAUUGGGCAAUAGUCUCAGGAAAUACUAGUGCAGUGGAUUUGUUGCUGGAAGCUGGUGCCAGCCUGAACAUAAAAAAUGUCAAGGGAGAGACACCGCUUGACAUUGCUUAUCAAAGUCAGAAUCACUUCAUGAUUUAUAUGAUACAAGAGGAAGAAAGAAUGAGAAACAGGAGAAAUAAUAGGUUGCUGAAAAUAAUAGAGAAAUAUGAGCUCUUUCUGAUGUUGGCAUCUUCCUUGACAUUCAUAUGGGCCAUUGGAUAUGUCAUGGACUUGAGUUCUGAUUCUUGGCUUUUAAAAGGAGGUUUGCUUCUCGGCCUGCUAUUUGGGAUGUCUCUGUUUGUGAGGCAACUCAUGGGGCUCAAGAAUCUAAGGUAUCUUCCCACAGCAUUUCUGCUAAGUUCAGUUUUUUGGAUGUCCAUGACCUGGUUUUUCUGGUUCCUUCCUGAUACCACAAAUGUAAUUCUUAAAAUCACUGUCAUGUUCAGCAUGAUGGGUCUUGUCUAUUAUUUCUAUAAAACCUGGAGUACUGAUCCUGGAUAUAUAAAGACUUCAGAAGAAGAAAGGAAGGAGAACAUAAUAGCUCUUGCAGAAGCUGGUUGCUUGGACUUCAGAACAUUCUGCACAUCAUGUCUUGUAAGGAAGCCUUUGAGAUCUGUGCAUUGCCUUGCUUGCCAAGCAUGUGUAGCCAAAUAUGAUCAGCAUUCUCUGUGGACUGGAAAGUGCAUAGGCAUUGGGAACCAUUAUUACUACCUGUUGUUCCUGUUUUUCAUGAUGGUGACUGGUGUCUGGCUGCUUUAUGGAACUUUUCAGUAUUGGUCCAACCACUGUGCAAGUUUCCUUCAAGAUGGAGCCUGGACAUACUUCACCCAGACAGUGUCCUGCUCUCCCUGGGUUUCCUACAUCUCCUCAGUAGCCUGUUUCCACACCCUAUGGGCCUCUGUGUGGCUCACUGUUCAGCUUUAUCAGAUUGCGUUCCUGGGGUUGACCUCACAUGAAAGAAUGAACAUCCUGGUACAGAGAAAAUCCUCUAAGCAUCCUGUUCCACUCAGAAGGACUCCAUACAACCUUGGAUGCUUCCAGAAUUUUGCAGACUUUUUUCAGUGCAGUUGCUUUGGUAUGUUCAAACCCAACAUAAUUGACUGGACCAAGCAAUACAAACUUUUUCAUCUGGCAAAGGAGAAAAAUGUUCAUUCUGUGUAAAGUUUUGCUUAAUUUCUGAGACAGUUGAGCUGAAAACUACAUAAAACUGGAUAUUUUGUUAAGUUUUACAAUUUUUUCUGAAGCUGCUUGUUUUUAUUUUUUCUUGUUGUUUCAAAUAUUAAACUUAACUUGUAUAAGAAACAGCAGAUUUGUAUAUGGAACAGUCACUGUGUGUCUGUGUAUGUAUAGUUUGAGCUGAAACAAUUUAAAAUUUUAUGUGAGGAGAUGACACAAAUAUAUAUAUUUUUAAAGGUAAGUUUUUGGGAUAGGAUUUCAAAGUGAUGUUGGGACUCUUUACUUUUCUGGUAAUAAAAGACACUUGAAUUUGAAAAUUAAGGUGAAUGUUCAUGUUUAAAAACUUAAUAUUACAAUUACAUUGUAGUUUUAUUGCUUAUGUUUUGCAAACCUCUAGUAAGUCUUUGUAUUUGAAGAGUUUAUAUGUAAUAAAAUAGAGCUUUCAUA